AUGACAUCGCGACGACCAAUCUACUACAACCCCGCAGCCUUGAACGAGCGCAUCACCUCCCCUCGAAUAGAAGGUCUCCAAGCCUUCCACCAAUCUUUCCCAGACUAUGCCCCAACACCACUAGUUCAACUCCCACAGCUAGCAGCCGAGCUAGGUGUUCGAAAUGUCCUUGUCAAAGACGAGAGUAACCGCUUCGGACUACCAUCAUUCAAAGUACUAGGCGCGUCAUGGGGAUGUUUCCGCGCUAUUGCGGCGAAGUUGGGCUUGCCUGCUACAGUCUCGCUUAAAGACCUUUCAAUCCAAGCUAAGGCAGAAUCAAUUGUCCUGACGACUGCUACUAUGGGAAACCACGGCCGCGCAGUCGCGUUCAUGGCUCGACUUCUCGGGAUUGAGGCUCGGAUCUUUGUUCCUGAGUGUAUGGACCAGGGUACUCGAGACCUGAUUUCUGGAGAAGGGGCCAGGAUUAUUGUUGUGACGGGUAAUUAUGACAAGGCUGUUCAGAGUGCUUUGGAUGAAUCGCGUUUGAAAGAGGGUGUCCUUCUUAUCCAGGACACUGCGUUUGAAGGGUAUGAGGAUGUUCCAGCUUGGAUUGUGGAGGGGUAUUCGACUAUGCUGAAUGAGGUUCACGAUGGUCUUGCUGAGCUUGAUCUCAUUGGCAAUGUAAUGAUUAGUCCUGCUGGCGUGGGAAGUCUCGCGCAUGCGGUGGCUAAGCAUUGCAAGUCGCAGAGUUUGCCUUUGUCUAUGGUUGCUGUGGAGCCUGAUACUGCUGCUUGUUUGUCUUCUAGCUUGGCUGCUGGUAAGAUGGUUACUACGCAGAGCUCGGAGACUAUCAUGGAUGGCAUGGAUUGUGGUACUGUUUCUUCUACUGCUUGGCCGGAUUUGCAGCGUCUAGUCGAUGCUUGUGUCAGUGUCUCGUCGUAUGAGGCACACUGUGCAGUGCAGUAUUUGACAUCGAACUCUGUGGCAGCUGGUCCUUGUGGAGGUGCGUCGUUGGCUGCACUGCGUCAUCUGGCGAAGGAGGAAUCUGCAAUUUUGAACAAGGAUUCCGUCGUUGUCCUUCUCAGCACUGAGGGUGCGCGUCAAUAUUCGAUUCCCAGAGAUGUGUCUGUCGAAGAUGCAGUGGGCUUGACGCAAACCCUCACCCAGAUCAACUCCUCCAACCCUACCUUGUCUCUCACGGAUGGAGUAGGCGAAACCGAAAUUGCAAACUGGCUGGCCUCCUGGUUUGCCCACCGUGAUAUUGAAUACCACUGGAUCGAAAAGGUCACAGGACGGCCAUCUAUUGUUGGUGUCUUGCGUGGCAGUGAAGACGGCAAAUCCCUCAUGUUCAACGGCCACACAGACACCGUCAGCUUAUCCAGCUACGAGGCGGAUCCCCUCUCGGGCUCCAUUCAAAUUAGAGAUGGCAAAGAAGCUGUCCUUGGAAGAGGAUCUUUGGAUAUGAAGGGUGGUCUCGCCGCAGCACUAGCAGCACUAGCAGCAACAAAAGCCACGGGCCGUGUUCCUCGUGGCGACAUCAUUAUUGCUGCAGUCUCAGACGAGGAAGAUGCCUCUCAAGGAACCCAAGAGGUGAUCGAAGCCGGCUGGCGCGCCGAUGCUGCCGUUCUCCCAGAACCGACUCAAGCUGGCAUUAUCACUACCCACAAGGGCUUUAUCUGGGUUGAGGUUGAUAUUCUAGGAGUUGCAGAGCACGGCUCCGAUCCUUCAGAGGGAGAAGAUGCAAUUCUGUACGCCGGAUCAUUUCUCCAGGCAUUAGAGAAAUACCAGUCUCAACUCCGCAUCGAUGAAGCUCUCGGUCAGGCAUCACUGCAUUGUGGGUUGAUUCGUGGCGGCGAGGAACCAUCGUCAUAUCCGGAUAAGUGCACCAUCACAGUGGAGUUCCGUACCGUGCCUGCUCAAACGGAGGAGUCAAUCUUGAAUGAUAUGGGCAAGUUGUUGAAAAGUAUUGCUGAGCAAAAUGCUCGAGUCAGAUAUGCCCAGCCUCGAAUUACCAUGUCGCGUCCUACACAGAAGAUACCUGUUGAUCAUCCUUUCGUGCGGCAGAGUCUGGCAACUGCAUCUUCUGUGCUAAAAAGCGAGCCAGUUGUCAAGUGUGGACCUUUCUGGACUGAUGCGGCUUUGCUUGGUGCUGUUGGUAUUCCUUCUAUUGUGUGGGGUCCUGCCGGAGAUGGCUUGCAUGCUAAGGAAGAAUGGGUUGAGGUUGAGAGCCUGAGACAGUUUGAGAAGGUCUUCACGCAGUUGGUACAAGACUUUUGCUAUUGA